AUGGAUCGCCAGCUGUCGGCGGUGCUGGACUUGAUGCUUCCGGGCUCAGGCAAACAGCUCAGUCGGGAGAACGAGCUUCUGGUGGCCGUGCAGCGGGUGCUUUUCGCAUCCACACAGGCGCUCCAAGCGUGGAAAGCGCGGAGCUCGGCGUCGUUGAAGUUCGACGCCACGCCGUUGAUCCUGAUCACGGGCUUCACCUCCGAGAACAAGGACCGUCGCCCGGGCUUCUUCGAAGCCCUGGUGAGCUGGGCCGCCUAUGUCACCGAAGCCAAAUUGGCUCGAGUGGUCUUCGUGGCGGACUCGUCCUUUGGAGAGCCUUCCAUCUUAGCACAUCUGAAGGAUCGGCCCGAACGACUUUCCGUGUUCGAGGUGCAGGACAUCCGCGCGAGCUCGGUGCGGCGGAUCUUGCAGCAUCACCUGGACGACACGGCCCUGUCGGAUCAGCAGCUGAAGGCCAUCGGCGGACGCUACAUGGACAUCUCAGCCAUGUUGGGUCACAUGCGCCAUGGGGUGGCGCCCAAUGAGGCCGUCCGCUGGCUGCUGGAAACGGCAGAGGUGACCGUAAGGCGCUUGCUGUUGACGGGGCAGCCCAAUGCCCGCUGGACACGGCCGCAGCUUUGGAGGGCCAUCCGGCUCUUAGAGUCCUCAGGGAAGGUGCCCUACGACGUGGUCCUCUGGGGCGUCUUCCGCGGCGACGAGGCGGCCUUGCGCUCCAUGAAGGAGUCCAACUUGAUCGCGGUGAACCCGCGGAAGUCCGAGAGCGAAUCGGCGCUCCGCUACGACGUGGAGGCCGGGAGUCCCUUGUACGCGGAGGUCUUCCGGCGCCUGGUGCAGAACGAAGGCUUGGGCGCCGUGCUGGACCUGGAAGUGGCGAAAGAGGACGUGGCACGAGAGCAGAAGACGGUGGACCUCUACGAGGCGGAGCUGGUGCGGCUGGAAGAGAUCCUCGACGCCCGAAGGGACUGGUGGUUCAGCUCCAGGCGUCUGGAUGCCCAGCUGGAAAGUCGAGUGGAGCAACUGGUGGACCUCAUCAUGGAGCAACACAAGAAGUUAGAGAAGUACCACAAAGCUCGGAGGAAGGCCAUGAACACCCUGGCGAAGCACGCCGAUAGCUUUCAGGAGGACGUGCGACGUGUGAAAGAGAAGGUCCUCGCUGGCUGA